AUGAUAGGAGAGACUAGAUCAGAGGAAAUUUAAACAUUAACAUACCAUAAAGUGUAACUAAAAGAGCCAAACAAUAGAUUAAUUAUUGAGUAAGAAUUUAUAGUGAGACUAAGGAACAAGAUCAGAACAAGAUAGUGAAAACAAAAUAAAAAGAAGCCCUAAAACACAAGAAGCAAAAUAACCUUAGAUUUCAUUAAAGUAAGAUAUUACAGAUUUCAUAUCAGCAUCAGAUCAAUAGUUCAUGUCGAGGCAUAAAUACGUUUAAACAUUAUAUAAUUUAGAAAGGACCCGAUCAUAAUAUUCGAGAUAAACUUAUUUAUAGAAUAUCCAUUCUACAAUUAUCAAAACUGUGCUCAUCCUAAAUGUUAAUUUCAAACAGAAUUCGAUUUUUGUAUAUUCAGAAUGUUAAGAAAUUUUGGAAGUUAAAACUUAUAAGCAAAGGUCUAAAUUCAGAGAAUUUGAAUGA